AUGGUCACGUCCCUCAACUUCUUCGGAACGGGCGCGUGGGCCGGGGCCCCAGAGGGCCCCGACGACCAGCCUGGCGCCAGUGCCGGCCAUUUGUCCAGCACCCAAAGACAUUCCGUCCAGCACUUGUGGGAAGCUGCAGUGGAUUUCUUGUCCCGCGAAAGCCCCUUGCCGUCCAUAACGGCCAUCAAGCAUGACCUCUUCACCCGCCAGACGGACUACGCGGGAGAAGCCGUGGCGGUCCGGAGGGAGCUCGUCGCCGAAAAAGUUUUCCCUGCUUGGCCGGAGCGCGGCGAGGCUGCAUCUGUCCCCGUGGUGUCGUUCCUCGAUGGAGAGCUGCUGGACGACGUGCGUGACCCCAGAUCGUGCCUGCUCCCUCCGGAGCAAUGGCCGGAGGAACCCCCGAGGUCGCGCGUUUGGGCGUCCGACACAGAAUGGUACAAGAUUGUCAAAGAAGGGGCUGCCCGAGGCAUCUUCGCAGAAGUCCCGGACGAGCUCGUUUUCCGAGAUUCCGCAGGCCGGCCAGUCGUCAACGGCGCAAUGGGGAUUGACAAGCACCCCAAAGGGCCAGUUCCUGGCCCCACCCUCUUGCGUUUCAUAUCGAUCUUCACGCCGAUUAACUCCUACAUGCGCAAGCUGCGGGGGGACGACCACACCCUGCCCACGGCCACCAUGCUCAAUGCGUGCAUUCUCGAAGACGGCGAGGAGCUCUGGGACGAUGCCGAGGACCAAAAAGGAUGCUUCAAUAUCUUCCGCCUCCCGGACGAAUGGCUAGGAUAUUGUGCGUACUCUAAGCAAGUAUCUGCCGCGGCUUUCGGUGACGACCCCAACCGUAUGGCUUGGGUCGGUAUUCGUAGUGUAGCCAUGGGUUCAAAGAUUGCGGUUUCCAUCAUGCAACGAGUCAUCCGCACGCUCGUCUUCGACAUCGUUGGCGCCGACCCCCGCGCUGAACUACGGCGGGACAGAGCGUUCCCAGACGGUGACGUCAGCAUCGUGUGCCUCGACGGAUUCGACUUUGUUCGGAAAGCGCAAUCUCGCCUGUGCAAGUUGCAAAUCGUGGAGUCCAUGGAGCAUCAGCAUUUCGUCGCUGCGUGCGCCAAACACGGAAUCCCCCUGAACCCGGCCAAAUCCCUAGUGGCGCAGUUGCGCGCAGGCAUCCUGGGGGGCCUGCUUCUGGGAGACAAGGGGUGGUUGAAGUUGGCGCCAGAGAAGGCCAACGCCCUGGUGGUCAAAACCGCGGUGCUGGCAACGGAGCAGCAAUGGCAGGCCGGCGCCCUCCAGCAUUGGGCGGGUCAGGCAUGUUUCGCCGCUGGCUUCCGCCGGCCCCUCUUCGCUGUCCUCGAGCAAAUCUUCCCCGCUAUCCAGACCGCCCUGGACGCGCCUGCGCCAGCAGACGCAGCGGUAAUAGACGAAAUGAUCGCCUUCGCUUGUCUGCUCCCUCUCGCGUACACGAAUCUCCGGGCGCCUGUUAAGCGCACCAUUUCGUGCACAGACGCCUCCGAGGACGGCGGCGGGGCCGUCUGCCCCGCCCAGUGCGGUGCCGUGACGUGCUGCGUGGACUGCCUGCUGCAGCAUCGGCGUCAAGGAUGUUCGCUCGCAGGCUCCCAAGUGCUGUCAGAGUCCGGCCAAAAGCAUGUGCGCCUGGAGGCCGAUGAUGAGUUCACGGCGUGGGAGCACUGGACAGUGCCUGGGGGCUCGUACGCGGGCGCGCGCCGCCUGGCACACGCCGCCGGCCCGCGCCACCGGCACGCGGCAGGGCUGGGCGGCCGAAGUGUGGUGGACGCCGACGCACACGGACAGCUGGCAGUCCAAAGGCUAUUGUGGCGUGUGCUGCACUGGGGCUUCGCUGUCGUGCAACACCCUUGGGAUAGCCCGCUGUGGCAGAGCGAAGGGGUGCAGUCCCUCCUCCGCUACAAGGGUGUAUUGUGCACCAGGGUCACCGUGACGGGCGUCGCGCCCGCCGCGGGCGACACGGAUCUGUGUUUGCUACACAACUGCCGCCUGCUUGAACAAACGUUCUCGGCAGAGGAGACGGUCGCCCAGCGAGGCGCCUCUGCGUGCACGCAGGAACAGUUCUGUGCAGCAUACUCCCGCGCCGUUGCCCGAGCACUGCGCGAGCUCGGGCAACAAGGCGUGCCAGCAGCGCCCUCGGACCAGCCAGCGCGGGUCGAAACCCAGCUGGCGCGCGCCCGCCGGGGAGGCACCCAGGGCGCUUUAGCGCCAGCGGCCCAGGAGAUCGGGCGACUCCUGCAACGCAUGGUCCCUGGAGGGGAGCAAGCCCACCUCCGGUCCAUGCUUUCGUGGGCGGACACUAAAGGCGCUCAUGUGUGGAUGUCCACCAGCGAAGUUGCCGAUUUGCGGCAAACUGUGCCCUACCCGGCAUUCGCCUGGAAAUGGCACGUUGUCAUGUCGUACCGGUGGAAAGCGAAACAACAUAUCAACGUGUUGGAAUUAAUUGCGUAUUUAAACUAUGUCCGAAAGAAGUCUCGCUCUCGUUGUUACCACUCGUUGCGAUUCAUCAACGUCUUUGACAGCCAAGUGGCCGCGGCUGUAGUCGCAAAAGGCCGCAGUUCCAGCCGGCGCCUCAACAGACCGCGGCGGAAACUCAUGGCGUUGGAACUCGCAAUGGAUGCCUACUCCUUCGGUGUCUGGACCAUAUCAGAAUGGCAGUUCGCGGACGCCGCGAGCCGCCUUCACGCAGGCGAUGGGGAAGGCUAG